AUGGACACCAGUAAGACAAUGGUGGAAAAUGUCCCAAUUUGGAUUCGAUUAGUUGGAUUGGAUCUCAAAUACUGGGGUCAGAGAGCCCUCACUAAGAUUGCUGGGCUGAUAGGCAAACCAAUCAAAACUGAUAGUGCAACUAAACUGAAGGAAAGGCUUGUGUAUGCAAGGGUGAUGGUGGAGGUGCCUAUGAAUAAAACGUAUCCAGAAUUUGUCAUGUUUGAAAAUGAGAGGGGUCAAAUUGUAGAACAGCAAGUACAAUAUGAAUGGAAACCUAUAUUAUGUCCACAUUGUAAGAACUUUGGGCAUAAUGCAGAGGUGUGCAGAAAAUGGCUAAAAGAACCAGAGACACUAAAGAAAUUGAAUUCACAUAAGAAAGAGGUACCGAAGGUGGCUGAUAAUGAACUCAAAGUGGUAACUCAUAAAAGUCCUAAGAGAAAUGGGGGUUCGCCUUCAAUAGGGCAUACUGAAUCUUCUAAUCAAUUUGCAGAACUGGGGGAAGGGAAAAUGGUAGCUGAUGAGAAAGCACUAAGUAAUGAAACUAAUACUGAGAUAGAGAAGAGGGGAAGCAAAGCCAAACAAACAGCAGCAACUUCUAGACCCGGGGAAGUGGUAGCUGGACAGGUUCCAAUAAAUGGGAGGGGUGGGGGAAACCCCCCUCCUAAUGGAUAG